UAUUUCUUUAUUUCCAACAGGCAGGUUAAUGCACCUCUACGCCAUCUGCGUAGACUGUUUAGAAGGCGUCCACAAGAUUGUCUGCAUCAAGUGCAAGUCACGCUGGGACGGGAGCUGGCACCAACUGGGCACCAUGUACACCUACGAUAUACUGGCUGCUUCACCGUGUUGCCAGGCUCGUCUCAACUGUAAACACUGCGGGAAGCCGGUGGUGGACGUUCGAGUUGGGAUGCAGUAUUUCUCUGAGUACAGCAACGUCCAGCAGUGCCCUCACUGUGGCAACCUGGACUAUCACUUCGUUAAACCUUUCUCCUCCUACAAAGUACUCGAGGCUUAUUGACAAAUGCUGUUCAUGCAUGCUAGUUAAGCUGCUUUUGAUCCAAUUUGUAUUCUAACACAAUCUAGGAAAGAUUUUAUUUUUUGGGCCUUAAGGUGGUUUUAUGUUUUAAGUUCUCUCUCUUGAUUUCUUUUUUAUGUACAGGAAAAGUAUGACUCUAGUUUAAAAAAAAAAAAGAGUUCCAAGACAGUAUCUCUGCUGUUAGAGAAAAGUGUUGAUAAAGUGUGAAACUGACACAUCAGUCAAACACAUUUAUCUGUGACAAGUGAAUGUAUCUGUAUGCCAAAUUUGCUUUUAUUUUUUACCAAAAAAAAACCCCAUACAAAUGACUCUUGAAUAAAGCAGAGAAAGAUGUA